CCCGGAAGGCGGCGGUCAGGUGUGCGCCGGGCGUCCCGGGCUCGAGGGGAGCGCGUGCCGUCUCGCUGUUCCCCGAGAUGUAAAGGGGCGCAAAAAGCUCUCGCGCUGUCGUCCCCGAAGACCACUGGAGUCCAUUGUAGGGAGCCUGGAAGAACCUCCAUAGGGCUGCUAACACUGAUGAGAGAUCUUUUAUGCCAAGAUCGUUGCUAUUUGAACAGACCACACCAUGCGUGAGUACAAGCUAGUGGUCCUUGGUUCAGGAGGUGUGGGGAAGUCCGCUUUGACUGUACAGUUCGUUCAGGGAAUUUUUGUUGAAAAAUAUGACCCAACAAUAGAAGAUUCUUACAGAAAGCAAGUGGAAGUAGACUGUCAACAGUGUAUGCUUGAAAUCCUCGAUACAGCAGGGACAGAGCAAUUUACAGCAAUGAGGGAUCUCUAUAUGAAGAACGGUCAAGGGUUUGCACUAGUAUAUUCCAUUACAGCACAGUCCACGUUUAACGACUUACAGGACCUGCGGGAACAGAUUUUACGGGUUAAGGACACUGAAGAUGUUCCAAUGAUUCUGGUUGGCAAUAAAUGUGACCUGGAGGAAGAGCGUGUAGUCGGCAAAGAACAGGGUCAAAACUUAGCAAGACAGUGGUGUAACUGUGCCUUUCUAGAAUCGUCUGCAAAGUCUAAAAUCAACGUUAAUGAGAUCUUUUAUGACCUGGUCAGACAGAUAAAUAGAAAAACACCAGUGGAAAAGAAGAAGCCUAAAAAGAAAUCAUGUCUGCUGCUUUAGAUUCCCAUCACGCAGCAGCUCUGAGCCAGAUUGCAGGAAUGAAGAACUGUUGCCUAAAUGGAAAGUGCCAGCAUUCCCGACUUCAAAACCUUACAGAAGUUAAUAACAUAUCUGAAGAAGCUUCUCCUGUUUUUAUAUACUAUGAGAAGAAUUUAGAUCUUAAAAUGGUUUGCACACCGUCCCUGGAAAAAGAUAUUGCUCUGUGUAUAUCUCUUGGAAAUUUAAGACAAUAGUACUCCUCCUUUGCAAUAGCAGUUAACAGAUGUGAAAAUAAAUAUCAUUGACUCUAGCGUAUGAUUAUACAAAGGAGCAUGGAUGCAUUUCAAAUGUUAGAUAUUGCUACUAUGAUUAAAAUUUCAUAUUGACCCUUUUAUCAUAAUUUCUCCCCAUCAAGCACUAAAAAUGUUCCACCAUUAUAUUUUAUAUCUAUAACUAUAGAUAUAUAUUAUCUGAAAUUUCCCUUGGAACUCACUGCAACAAAUAACUUUUUGAGUCAUUGACUUCAUUUUAUAUUUAAAAGUUAUGGAAUAUCAUUAUUUUCAUUCUGCCAUUAUAUUCUAAUUAAAAAUGUUUGUGCAUAAUGCUUUGGAAAAAUGGGUCUUUUAUAGGAAAAAACUGGGAUAACUGAUUUCUAUGGCUUUAAAAGCAAAAAUAUAUAAUAUACUAAACCAACUCUAAUAUUGCUUCUUGUGUUUUACUGUCACAGAUUAAAUUACAGCUUUUAUGAAUGAUUAAAUUUUAGUACAUUUUCA